UGCGUAACAUUCCUUUUCUGACUCGAAGGAAGAAGACGAAGAUGAGGGCCCUGUGCUUGUUUGCUGUAGUGGCUUUGAUGGGUCUGGUGGCAGGUGAGGAGGGAGCUCGCCUGUUGGCUUCCAAGUCCCUGCUAAAUCGUUACGCUGUGGAGGGUCGAGACCUCACUCUUCAGUACAACAUCUACAACGUUGGGACCAGUGCUGCACUGGAGGUUGAGCUGUCCGAUGACUCCUUCCCCCCUGAGGACUUCGGCAUCGUCUCUGGAAUGCUUAAUGUGAAAUGGGAUCGUAUUGCUCCUGCCAGCAAUGUCUCUCACACGGUUGUGUUGCGUCCUCUCAAGGCCGGCUACUUCAACUUCACCUCUGCCUCCGUCAGCUACCUGGCCCAGGAGGGUGGACAGGUUGUGGUUGGAUACACCAGUGCUCCAGGUCAGGGUGGCAUCCUUGCCCAGAGAGAGUUCGACCGCCGCUUCUCCCCCCACUUUCUGGACUGGGCUGCUUUCGGAGUGAUGACGCUGCCCUCCAUCGGCAUCCCCCUGCUGCUCUGGUACUCCAGCAAGAGGAAGUACGACUCGCCCAAGGCCAAGAAGAACUAAAGCGCGCACACUCACUACUCCGAGGGA